CAGUUCAACCUUAUUGUGGGGGAUCUCUUCAAAGCCAAGGAUGGCUAUGGGCAGUAUGGUGACCUCGCACAGGAGUUGAUUACAUGGCUUCAUAGCAAAACCCACAUUCUUGCACUCCUUCACGAAUUGCAAAUGUCGACCAUGGAAAAGACAUUGGCCAUCAUUUGUGCUGUUCUUACUCGAUGGUUGUCACAUUAUUUAGCAUACUGGCGACUUUUAGAUGUUUGA